GUGAGGCUGGCGGCGUCGCUCCCCCUCCCGGCUGCUUGGGGCUGUGUCUGUCUGUGAGAGGUGCCGGGGUGAUGGCGGUGGAGACUCUGUCCCCAGACUGGGAGUUUGACCGCGUGGAUGACGGCUCGCAGAAAAUUCAUGCUGAAGUCCAACUUAAGAAUUACGGGAAGUUUCUUGAGGAAUAUACAUCCCAACUGAGAAGAAUUGAGGAUGCUCUGGAUGAUUCAAUUGGUGAUGUUUGGGAUUUCAAUCUUGAUCCUAUAGCAUUAAAGCUUUUGCCUUAUGAACAGUCUUCUCUUUUGGAGCUCAUCAAGACUGAAAACAAGGUCUUAAACAAAGUCAUCACUGUUUAUGCUGCACUUUGCUGUGAAAUCAAGAAGUUAAAAUAUGAGGCAGAAACUAAGUUUUACAAUGGUCUCUUAUUUUAUGGAGAAGGAGCUACAGAUUCUAGCAUGGUGGAAGGUGAUUGUCAAAUUCAAAUGGGAAGAUUUAUUUCAUUUUUACAGGAACUCUCUUGUUUCGUUACGAGGUGCUAUGAAGUGGUGAUGAAUGUAGUACAUCAAUUGGCUGCCCUCUAUAUCAGUAACAAGAUUGCACCUAAAAUUAUAGAGACAACUGGAGUUCAUUUUCAGACUAUGUAUGAGCAUUUGGGAGAACUGCUAACAGUUUUGCUUACCCUGGAUGAAAUCAUUGAUAAUCACGUCACACUGAAAGACCACUGGACUAUGUAUAAAAGGUUAUUGAAAUCUGUCCAUCACAAUCCUUCAAAAUUUGGAAUUCAAGAAGAAAAAUUAAAGCCAUUUGAAAAAUUCUUGCUGAAGCUAGAAGGACAAUUACUUGAUGGAACAAUAUUCCAGGUACCAGCCAUCACCCUAACUGCUAAUAUUAUUUGGUUUCCUGAUAAUUUUCUGAUCCAGAAAAUAGCAGCAGCUGCCAAACUUCUGGACAGAAAGAGUCUUCAAGCCAUUAAAGUACACAGGGAUACGUUUCUACAGCAGAAAGCUCAAUCACUUACCAAAGAUGUUCAGUCUUACUACGUCUUUGUGAGCUCAUGGAUGAUGAAAAUGGAGUCUAUUUUAUCUAAAGAGCAGAGAAUGGAUAAGUUUGCUGAAGACCUCACCAAUAGAUGCAAUAUUUUUAUACAGGGAUUCUUGUAUGCAUAUGGUAUUAGUACCAUUAUUAAAACCACGAUGAAUCUUUAUAUGUCCAUGCAAAAGCCAAUGACUAAAACCUCAGUUAAGGCAUUGUGCAGGCUCAUUGAACUUCUUAAGGCAAUAGAGCAUAUGUUCUACAGGAGAAGCAUGGUUGUGGCUGAUUCAGUUUCACAUAUAACACAGCACCUUCAACAUCAAGCUCUUAAUUCUAUUUCUAUAGCCAAGAAAAGAGUAAUUUCAGACAAAAAAUAUAGUGAACAGCGUCUUGAUGUGCUCUCUGCCCUAGUUUUGGCUGAAAACACUUUAAAUGGACCAAGCACAAAGCAACGACGACUGAUUGUUUCUUUGGCACUAAGUGUUGGUACACAAAUGAAAACAUUUAAAGAUGAAGAACUCUUUCCCCUUCAAGUAGUUAUGAAAAAGCUGGAUCUUAUCAGUGAACUUAGAGAACGAGUCCAAACACAAUGUGACUGUUGUUUUUUAUACUGGCAUCGAGCUGUCUUCCCAAUUUAUUUAGAUGAUGUAUAUGAAAAUGCUGUUGAUGCGGCUAGAUUACAUUAUAUGUUUAGUGCUUUACGAGACUGUGUACCUGCUAUGAUGCAUGCAAGGCAUUUAGAUUCAUAUGAGGUACUUCUGGAUUGUUAUGACAAGGAAAUUAUGGACAUUUUAAAUGAGCAUUUACUGGACAAGUUGUGCAAAGAAAUUGAGAAGGAUCUGAGACUUUCUGUGCACACUCAUUUAAAGUUGGAUGACCGAAACCCUUUCAAAGUUGGCAUGAAAGACCUUGCUCUCUUUUUCUCUCUGAAUCCAAUUCGAUUUUUUAAUCGUUUUAUUGACAUUCGAGCAUAUGUAACUCACUACUUAGAUAAGACUUUCUACAAUCUCACAACAGUAGCUCUUCAUGACUGGGCCACUUACAGUGAAAUGAGAAAUUUGGCUACUCAGCGUUAUGGAUUAGUUAUGACAGAGGCACAUCUUCCAAGUCAGACUUUGGAACAGGGCCUUGAUGUUUUGGAGAUUAUGAGAAACAUUCAUAUAUUUGUGUCUCGGUACCUCUAUAAUCUCAAUAAUCAGAUUUUUAUUGAACGAACAAGCAAUAAUAAACAUUUGAAUACUAUUAAUAUUCGGCAUAUUGCUAAUUCAAUUCGAACACAUGGCACAGGAAUCAUGAAUACCACAGUUAAUUUCACCUACCAGUUUUUGAAAAAGAAAUUCUAUAUAUUUAGCCAGUUUAUGUAUGAUGAGCAUAUCAAAUCCAGAUUGAUUAAAGAUAUUCGGUUUUUCAGGGAAAUCAAGGACCAAAAUGAUCAUAAGUAUCCUUUUGAUAGAGCAGAAAAAUUCAAUCGAGGCAUCAGAAAACUUGGAAUCACACCAGAAGGUCAGAGUUACCUUGAUCAGUUCAGGCAGCUUAUCAGCCAAAUUGGUAAUGCUAUGGGCUAUGUACGAAUGAUAAGAUCUGGUGGUCUUCAUUGUAGCAGCAAUGCCAUUAGAUUUGUGCCUGAUCUUGAAGAUAUUGUAAAUUUUGAAGAACUAGUAAAAGAGGAAGGUCUUGCAGAAGAAACAUUAAAAGCAGCAAGGCAUUUGGACUCUGUCCUCAGUGAUCAUACACGAAAUUCUGCAGAAGGCACAGAAUAUUUUAAAAUGCUUGUCGAUGUUUUUGCACCAGAGUUUCGAAGGCCCAAGAACAUACAUCUUCGAAAUUUCUAUAUCAUUGUUCCUCCUCUAACCCUCAACUUUGUAGAGCAUUCCAUUAGUUGCAAGGAGAAGUUAAAUAAAAAAAAUAAAAUUGGAGCUGCCUUUACUGAUGAUGGUUUUGCUAUGGGUGUGGCUUACAUCCUAAAGCUUUUGGAUCAGUACCAAGAGUUUGAUUCACUUCACUGGUUCCAGUCUGUUAGAGAGAAAUACAUAAAGGAGAUAAGAGCAGUUGCCAAGCAACAGAACGUACAAUCAACUAGUCAGGAUGAAAAAUUACUGCAAACCAUGAAUCUCACUCAGAAGCGACUGGAUGUCUAUCUACAGGAGUUUGAACUGCUAUACUUCUCACUGAGCAGUGCAAGAAUUUUCUUCAGAGCAGAUAAGACUGCAGCUGAAGAGAACCAAGAAAAGAAAGAGAAGGAAGAAGAAACUAAAACAGGCAAUGGAGAUGUGUCUGACAGCACUGUGACUGCCGAUCCUGUUGUGAAAUGAGGUUGAUGGUAUGAAGUCUUCAGAAUUGGCUCAUAACUUUUACCACUGAAAUGGAUGUUAUAAACUAUUAUGAAUUGUUUCCUGGGAUGCAUAUCUGGAAGGUAUUUACAUUUUGCAGCUCUUUAAGGCAGCCCUCUAAAGUUAAAACUUAGAAAGUUCUACUUUUCAAUGACUGAGAAUAAGAUUUUAAAAUUGGACUUCUGCUUGGACCUUAGGCUGGAAGAUGUUCCUAGGAGCAGUAAGUUAAAAUGAAGUUAGAGGAGGACAGAUCUGAAUUCCUAAACUGUCGCCUCAGAUCUCUUAUAAUCUUGUGUGUAAUUCAUAUUUACACAGGUCUUUCAUCUGUAUCUCCAUUCAUUGCAAAGUCAGUGCAUAUAUUUUAUAUAGCCAGUAAACAUGUUAAAACAAAGAUUUGAGCUUGAAAUUCAUGAAGCAUACAUAUUAAUAUGCUUAUGAAAAUAAUAUAUGAAAAUGGCUUUGAUGCUAGAGGUGAGGCACAAGUGUUAUGUAUUCUUUGUACAGUAGAACUGAUGAUCAUGCGUUAUUAAUUUCAUGUGACUCACAAGAGCUGCUGAUGUCUUUGAUGAGACGUUUUGAAACUAGUUUACAUUGCUUUGGGAACAUUUAACCUCCAACAACUGCUUUAAAUUUAAGAUUUACUUAAUACUCAAAAUCUCAGAUAAAGCCAUAGAGUCCUGCUUGAAGCUUUUUUUCAAUUUGAAGGCAGUCUGUAUGAUACCAGAAAAAAUUGAAUAACUUCUACAUCCAAACUCAGGUUUCUUCUACACUAAACAAAAUCUUGGUGAUGGUUUGGGCAGAAUUUUUCUUUUCAUCAGUCAUAAUUUAAGAUACAAUUAAAUACUAAUUGCACUGUUGGCAGGCUUUUAAAAAUUUACCACUGUGAGGAUAAAACUCUUAAUAAUAAAUCACUUGCUAAUUUAAAAAAGUAUUAGAUUUUGAGUAAAUUUAGUUCCUAGUAAGCUACUAGCUUUAUUUUUGUAAAGGUCCGUUAGUUAAGUGGGUUAAUCAUGGCCUUUUAAAGUACAAUAAAGUGACAUCUUUAUAACGAAAAGGAAAGUUUAAAAAUUUGUAUGUAAUACAUCAUUUUGGGAGAUGUUUGGUCUUUCUAUUACAUUUGCUUGUUAAACAUUUCUUUGGCUAAAUCUUGGAAAUAAUUCUAACAUUGUUAGAAUUAUAACAUUAUUCUCUGACUGCAGAUUCUGGAACGGGCAUACAGUGCCCGUAUUUAUCGGUUAGCGUCCAGGGUAGCUUUCCCAGCCCCAAAUAAAUGCUUUCACUGUUAAGUCAGAGGAAACAGAAUAUGUAGGAAAUGGUUUUUGCUUAUUUUGUAGACGUGGCUUACUGAAUUAAUGGAUAACGGACGGACUAAAGGCAUUUAAUAUUUCUAAUUCAUAUUAACUGUAGAAAUGGCCCUAAAGCAUGCUGCAUAAUUUCUAAUUUAUAUUUUCAUUAUUAUAAAUGUUUAUAUUGAUACUGGAUUUGAUUAUAUCAAAUUAUAGUCAAUAUUUCGUAGCAACAGUAUUGUUGUAUUUUUCUUCUUUGACUUCCUGAAAGCAUCCCCUUUAACAGGAAGUUUUGAUUAGAAGAGCGUCAUAUGUUCUUUGUUUUUUACAACACAUGAAAAUGAAUUCUUGUAUCAAUAUUAGAGUUCACUGUUGACUCUAGAUGCCUAGAGUGAACACUCUGGUUCAUUGCCAGAUACCUACAAUUGAGGAGAAAGUCAGACUAUUUUACCUUUAGUUCAAAAUAAUGUCAUUGAAGUUAUCAUGGAUAAAUUAUACAUCCAUAUAUUUGAGUUACAAUGUUUGAAAUGACAAAUAUAUAAAUGAUAUUAGGUUGCAGAGCAACAGGACUUCAUAUAUUCACAACUGAGUUAAUACAUACAUGGAUGAAUGAUGAUGGUUUUCUUUUUGCUAACAUUACUGUUAAUAUAUUGUAGACAUUAUAAUCUAAAAAUUAAUUUGAGCAUUAGUUGUAAGGUCACAGAAAAUUUAGCAAUGUUCAAAUCCUCAGGAAUUAAAGACUAACCAUACCAUUGUUGUUCUAAUCAAAUUUUGUAAAAGAUGGCACGCUUGUUACCUCACUUGAGUGGAGGUUCCCCCUCCCCCCAAUUCUAAGAGAAUACAGUAUGUAUAAAAACAUUAAUAAAUAUAAUUUCAAAACUUUC